AUGGCGUUUGAAACAAGACUUGAGGCUUUUGACUUCUCCAGGUCAAUGGUCAAUUAUCCGUGGCUGGACUAUCCAGAAAGAACCAGAGAGCUCAGAAAAGCCAAGGCGCCAGUUCAACUACCCUGCUUCCGCUACCAGCCGAAAAUGGAAGAGUUCCCCCCAAGUCCAGAGCGCUGGCGGAAACUUCCCAACGAGCCUGGAGCAGUGCCUUACUGCUAUGACCACACAACAGAGCGCUACAUCGAUUGGUACAAUAUGUACGCCAAGGACCAAAAGACCAGCAAGAUGCUUUGGAAAAUGAGAGAUUACCCCAGAAAGUUGCCCGUCAUGAGAUUCAGGCUCUCAGGAGAUGAGGAUCCCCUGAAGCAGAAAAGAUUAAAGGAACUCACCCAAAGCCUGACCUCGCCCCUCGAGGAUGAGCAGCACUACGCAGCCCAGGCUCUGGGGUGUCUGGGCAUCAGAGACCAGUUUAUCGUGGAAGCUCUGCUUUGGGCGGCCCACACCGGCCCAGAGAGAGUGAAGUUCGAAUCGUGUCGAAGCCUGGCUAUCCUGGGUUGCCUGAAUGAGACUGUGGUCCACACACUCAUCAAGCAGCUCAAAGGGCAAAAUAAGUUGCGAAGGCUGGACACACUCAGAGGGUUACGUGUGGCUCUCAACUUCUGGAGCUCUGCCCCCAAAGACAAGAGGUAUCAAGUGUGGGAUGAAGACAAGCUGGUGUCUGUGCUACAGAACUUGGUCAAGAGACUUUCGGGCGAGGAGGCCUUGGAGGCUGGCUUGUGCCUGGGGUUCCUGAGGCCUUGCAGCAGUCUGGUGCAAGAGUUCCUGCUGGAGUGUCUAGAGCAGGACCCCAAGACCAAGAUGAAGGCGCUCCAGAUGCUGGUGCAGAGACUGAAGGUGAAGUCAGAAGUGAUCACCAGGGCCAUCCUAGACCAGAUGAACCAUUCUGCUGUCCUCGAGCACCGCAUCAAAGCUGCCCACAUGCUCAAGACAAUUGGGCUGGAACAGAUCCAGGCCCAGGGCCUAGAGAGACUCACAUUUAACAUGCUCAUGAAGAAGACACACGAUGAACCAUUCCUGAUUAUGAGACAGACUGCAGCUGAAACAGCAGAAGAGUUAAAGAUGAGGCCAGCAAUGCUGAACUUGAUGGAGCCGCAACUGCAGCACAAAGACCCUGCUGUCCGCUUGGAAGCAAUCAUCUCUUUGGGUGUCCUGGGGAUCCGCAGCCAGCGUGUGUUCUACUUGCUUCUGGACCUGUUGGAUAUGGAAACAGACCAAACCGUGAAGAAGCAUCUACAAGAAACUUUAAUUCUGUUGGCCUCAGUUGACCCCUGGGUCCAAAACAAGCUGAAAAACAAGGUUUCCUUUAAACAUGACGUGACACCUAAGGCCAAAGUAUAUGGACUCCAGAGGAGGCAAAAGAUCCUAGAUGAGAACAAGUUGCUGGAGGAGUCAAUUAUUAUCAAGUUAACACAUGCAAAGCUGAAUCCCAUCUUUAUUGCCAAGUCCAGUGCCAUGGAGGACCAACAGGAAAGGCUGAGCGUCGAGAAAGAAUCUACCUUUGACUUCUCAACCUCCUCAUUCAAUGGUGUUAUGACUCCAAGACAAAAGUCAACAUAGGCCACCACAAUCGGAGCCAAAGACCACCAAAUAGCUCUGGACCUUGCUGAACUUGCAGAAAGUUUGGUACUUUGCCCACAUUUUCUCCUGAGGUGGCUUUCUCAGGCUCCACCGAG